AUGCCACCUCCAAUAACCUGCCGUUUAUGUUUGGAAUAUUGCAAUGAUGCCUAUUGUGAUCUUUACAAUGAAGGCUAUGAAAAUGAGGUGUUUGAAUUGUUAAAGAGAUAUUUUUCUGAGGAGUUACUAACUAUGGACUUUAAUAGAAAUUUAAAGAAAUUGUGCCUAAAUUGUUGGCAUUACAUUGAGGACUUCCAUAAAUUCCAAGAGACCAUUAUUGUAAAACAAAAUAUAAAAAUCAAUGAAAGUUUUAAACUUAUCGAAGAAGUAUUGGAAGACAACUAUGUGGCGGAUAUUCCAAUAAAAUUUGAAGAAUUCAGCGUGGAUGAAGAUAAUGCACCAGCUGAAGGGGGAGGAGUAGGAGAUGAUGAUGAAGAAGUGGAAGAACCGGAAAAUGAUAUAAAAGAUUUUAUUGUGGAAGAACCAAAGGCAAAUGUUGCAUAUAUCACUGAAAUAAUUGAACAACAUGGACCACAAGAAAACCCUGCCGAAUUUGAUGAUUUAAUUGCCACCUGGAAAUCAAAUCUGCAAUGUGAAAUUUGUAAUAUAGUCGUUAAACGAUUUUCUUUAUUACAAAGACAUUUUAUGCAAGAACAUCCCCUGGAAGAGUUCCACAUAAUUUGCUGUGAUCUGAAAUUAAAAGAAUAUUUUGAACUGAAAGUCCAUAUUAUGUAUCAUCGAGCAUUAAAUAGCUAUAAAUGUGAUAUCUGCCAGAAAUCUUUUGCCAAUCGUUCUUCAACAAAACGACAUUUUAAAAAUAAACAUAAUAUGAAAGUGGCAAGAUUUAUUGCGGCAGUAAGGGAGCAUCAUGCACAGGAACAUCGCCAUAAUCAUCAAGGAGAAAUGCUAUUAGAUUGUAAAUAUUGUGGGGAGGCAUUUACGAAAUUCGGUGAUUAUCAAGGACAUUUGAAGCUGCAUCACUAUAAUGAAUGGCAGAGGGAACGUAACCAGGAGGCGCGUGAAUUAUUGCCAGAGAUACGCAAACAUUUGCCAAGGAAUAAAUUGGGCAGCAAAGCGAGAUACUCAAAGAAGAUGAAAGGGCAUAAUAAUGCUGCCCCAGAACCUGCUGAUUGUACCUGCUGGAUUUGUGGCAAAUUGUAUCAUUCGAAACGAUAUUUGCGAGCCCAUUUGAAUCUACACGAACAGAGAGAGGGCUCCUAUGCCUGCCCUUAUUGUACGAAAAAAUAUCAUUUACCCAAUAGUUUGUCAUAUCACAUACGAUUGAAACACAAAAAUCGAGAGCCUGUCAGCAGCACCAGUCCAAAGCCCUUUAAAUGUAAAAUUUGCCAUAAAGACUAUCAAACGAAAAAGGCCUUGCGUGAACAUGAAACUAAACAUGAGGGUAAUCCAUCGUUUUCAUGUCGCAUCUGUUCCAAGGAAUAUUUUCUAAGUUCCAGUUUGUCCAGUCACAUGAAAAAACAACAUGGCACCGAAAAGGCCUCCUAUGAAUGUCCAACCUGCGAUGAAAUCUUCCACAGUCAACGUAGCUUAAGGGAACACGAAUCGCAACAUUCCCAACCGAAAGUCUAUGAAUGUGAAUUUUGUCACAAACCUUUUCAGCGGCAAUCCGACAUGUAUGCACACAUGAAAAAUAAUCAUCGUUAUUCCUAUUCCCUGAAAUUACAAACAGAACGCUCACGUAACGAUAAGAUAACCAGCCUUGAUGAUUUAGUAAAAUCUCUAAAUAUGGAACACCAACAAAAAUCGAUAAAAGAAACCACAACCCCCCACAGAACCCAAAACCCAGUUAAGGAAUUAAAAUCGAAAGAUUUUCCAUGUCAAUUGUGUGGAAAAAUCUAUUACACAAAACGUGGCCUGCGAGAACAUGAAGCCAAACACACUGGCCAGGAAUUGUAUUCAUGUAGAUUUUGUGCUAAAAAGUUUUACCUAAAAUCCACCAUGAGUACACAUAUCAAAAAGCAUCAUGCGGCCGAAAAAGCGAACCACAAUACUUCCGAAGUGGAAACAGUCUCGUUUUACACCGAAGAAGAACAACAACAAUUUGCAAUAUAUUCAAUAAACGAACCUCAAGAAGAUGUAGGAAUAGAGCGGGACAUGGAAGCCAACCAAGGCGAUGAAGAAGAAAUAAACAUAAUACCCCGCACAGAUAUUAAACAAGAAUAUCCCUCACCUUCUUCUAGCCAAGAUCCUCUGACUGAAAGUCCAAGCGAAAUAAUUUCCCCACGGAAAAAACGAAAAUCCCCCUCAACUGAUCGCCAAAAUUAUGCCUUUAAAUGUUCGAAAUGCAAUCGCCAAUAUCAAACAAAACGUUCACUGCUGGCCCAUCAACAGGUCCAGCAUGAGGGUAAAAAAUCCUUUAGCUGUAAAUAUUGUUCGAAAAAAUUCGGUUUAGUCACCAGUAUGUAUAAUCAUUUGCGGAAUCUACAUCCGGAAGAACGUUUGGGGAAGCAGAAAUAUAAUGCACAGCAUCAACUGGUGCCGGAGGAGGAGCGGGCUGAGGAUCAACAUUAUUUGAUAUCGGAUAUCUUAAGUGAUUAUGUGUGA